AUGGAGCAGGAUGAGGCAAUCUCGGUAUUCAAUGACUUUACUGACAUUCUGCAAUCCGAAGUUCAUGUUGACCUUGAACGGCUUCGAAUCCUGGCUCGGCAUGGUGUACCAAAUCAACUUCGUGGGGAAGUCUGGAUGUAUCUUCUCGGUGUACAAGACGCUGACCGAUCUAAAGAAUUGACUCGUUCAAGGGCACGGAGUCAAGAAUAUGAUCAGCUUGAGAAAGGUGAUCCUGACUUAUUGAGACGGAUCCGGGCCGAAGUGGGCCGGUAUCAACGACGAACAUCAGAAAUGGCCGACCAGCAAUAUCUACCACGGUUUGAAAAUAUCAUAACCGCAUACCUGAAUACCAACAGAGAUGUCGAUUAUCACCCUGCACUCAUCUAUCUCUGUGCUCCCUUUCUCUAUGCACUUGACAGGGAGUGCGAUGCCUACUUUUGCUUUGAGCGUUUGAUGCAAGCCAUCGAUGAAGUUAAUACAACAAAUACUACGAAACAGCGUGUGGCCCACUUUCUAUCUCUUUUUCGCUAUGCUUUACCAGAACUAUGUAAUUAUUUUGAGGAUGAGGAGGUUAAUUUAGAUGAAUGGUCGACGUCUUGGUUACAGAAUCUCCUUUCCAAAGAAUUGCCAUUCUCGAAUCUUGUGGCUCUCUGGGAUGCCUACUUUGCUGUAUCUGAUCCACUCGAGUUUCAUCCCUUUGUCUGUCUAGCCAUUUUAUGCAAUGCAAAGGAUAAUCUAGAGGAUCUUGAGCAAUCAGAAAUCCGAACCAUGCUGCUCUGUUUACCUGUCAUGGAUAUGAAAAGAGUAAGUCUUCAAAUUAAAUUAAAUUAA